UAGUCUUGGCUGAAUCAGUGAUUCGUUUUGUGAUUUUUGUAAAAAUUCCCAAAAAUUCAGCGACAUUUCCAAAUGAAAUGGAGCGCCUUUGUAGAGACUAGGAACGUGCCCGUCCGGUGGAAGUAAAAUUGGUAACGGUCAACGGCGCAGGGUGCUCGGGAAAAGCAGAGCAGUUUGCGUUAAGUUUGUUUACGGUUGUUAUUUUUGCUUGGCUUCGGAACGGACCGUCACCCGGCGGUAGAUCUCAGCCCAAGAAUGGAUAAUUGCCAUAACUAUGCCACAACGUCGAAAAAGAAGCGGAUUCCCAUAUCGGACGACAUUCACAUCAUCAUCAAGAAGUUCCGGGAUAAGGACAAACACGAUGAAAAGCCCUCGACAUCCGGCGAUCAUGACUACGACGACGAACACAGUAUGGACUCUGAGGAGCUGAGGCGAGUCCGACUGCAGGAGCCUUCAUCAUCCUGCGUUGCUGCGAGCACUUCGUCCAGCAAUAGUAACAGCGGGACAAUGAAUAGCGUUAUGGGUACAAUUAUGGCUGGUGGGACGGGAAUUACCAUCGGAACGGGUGGCAUGUCAGUUCAUCAGCAGCAACCCGUUUCCUCGCAGCCGGAUGAUAUUAGGAUGAUACUGAAGAAGUUGACGAAUAUUGAGGAACUGCUGAAAGUGGUAGCCGAGCAGAGCUUUAAUCGGCUGGCUGCACUGAAACAGGAAGCAUCAGGAUCGGCUACGGUUCCUACGACGGCUGCCACAGCUGCCAGCCUAGGACUGAUCGCUACCGAGUCCAACUGCAUCAGUAUGGAACCGACCUUUAAGUUUCCACUGAGAACACUGAAGGAAUUGAUCGAAUUAAACAAGGGCAUCUGCAGCGACGAAAGUCUGUACAACAAGCUGUUCGAGUAUCUGACCAAGAUAAAGCUGGAAUGUGAUGAAAACAUCGUGAUGAAUGCACUGUCGAUGAUAGUCAGCGACGAAGUACUCGAUGCGGUUACGUGGGACGGUGGCAAAAAGUUCAAGCUGUCCUCGUUGGUAAUCUUCAGUGAUUCUUUGUACGUGGCGUGGUUCAAGGAUCGGCUCAAGUACGAUGAGUAUGUGUCCGAAAUGAAGGACGCCAUCGAGAAGUCCCACAAACGGUUCGCCAAGAUGAAGGCGAAAAAAUUAUCUCAACAGCAGCACCUGCAGCAACACCAAACACUAACACUGACGACGGCCGGAGGGACAACAACGGCCACAGUUGCCAGCGACGGUCAGCUAUACCUGGCGUAGUUCGAUGAUCUCGCUGCCUCCGCGCUUUGCUGAGGGCGAUAGAACAGGUAGGUCAGGUUUUCAUUUUUCAUAUCUAUCUGCUUUUGGUCUAUCCCAAUAGUUUCCUGUUGUAGCAACAGCUUAAGCAUCAGGAACAGCACCGUUCACGUUUAGAAACAGUCUGGCAAUUUUUGUUCGGUUCAUAACUUUUGUAUUGUUUUACCUUCAUUCUAUCCUCAACGAAAACAAAAAAAAAUCUGAUCAAAAACGAGAUUAUAAUGAUUGAUCUAAUUUGUGGCACACGCAUCCAGAGCAAAAGAGCAUGUUUUUUUAGUCCUAGAAUGUCACAAAGACGAUGAUUACUUUUGUAGUAGCAAAGUGUGAUCGAUUGCUAACGGUUUUGCAUACACGGUGAAGAAAACAGAUACAUUACACAAAUAAAGAGGAAAUAUUAAGUAA